AUGGAGUCACAUACUUCGUAUCCUCAAGGCUCUAUGAGCCCAGAACAAAACUUUGCCGGCUACUCUUACUCGACUCGAUACUCUACCCCCGUUCGUGACGACGACUCUUCUGUGUAUGAGCCAUCAACUGUCUAUUCUCAAAGAAGCGAUGUUUCGUUUCAAGGUUAUGCUGGAGGUCUAGGUAUCACAAGUAACCCUUAUGGUCCUUUGCCCGAUGAGAUCGGCUACAAUGUAGGUUUCACGAGAGCACAUGGAGAGCCAAUAGCUGAGCCAACGAAGCAGAACCGUCUCCCGUACACUCCGGAAGCGUCACCUUCAGCACCUUGCCCAUCUAGCGAUGCAAUUACCACUCGCAGCGGUCUCAAUAUCGCUAAGAAAUUGCUUACCACACGAUCACCAGCGGUGAGAACUGGUCGAGUUCAGAAGAGAAGCCGUGCAGAGAAAACCAAGAAUGCCACCAACAUGCUUUCAAAACCGCUUUCCGAAGCUGCCAGAGACUUUCCCGAUAUUCACGUUGCUGAUAUCGAGGCCUUUGUCAGUCGACCAACUGAAGAGAGACUAUCAGAAACUUCGCGUAACAAAAAGGCUGGUCAGAUCAAACGUCCCAUGAAUGCUUUUAUGCUAUACCGAAAGGCGUACCAGGAAGUCGCUAAGACGCAAUGUUCUCAGAACAACCACCAGCAUGUCUCAAAAGUCUGCGGUGCCGCAUGGGUCUUGGAGCCAGCGCAAAUCAAAGAGAAUUUUGAUCAAUGGGCCAGAAUAGAGCGUGUGAACCAUCAGCGAGCGCACCCCGGAUACAAGUUCACACCCUCAAAGCCACGAAAGGCCAAACGGGAUGGGGAUGGGGAUGGCAAUGACGACUAUUCAGACAACGACUCAGAUUGGAACGGCGGACGUACCCGGAAGUCCAGAUUCCGCCAUGCUACACGACUAAGCGAGACACCAGUCGCCUACGAUGCUGCGGGCAAUGCGAUCGGAGAGCCAGCCAUGCCAUCUUACCAUGACAUGUAUGCUUACCCUGCUCUAGGUCGGCCUCAUUCACUGCCAUACGACGAUAUCACACCCAACUCAUUUGACCUGGGCAUUCGUCAGUACAGUGAUCUCAACAUCAAUAGCGAAGUAAUCAGCAGAACCCCUUCUCCUGGUGCCAUCGACUACCCCGUACACGGGCUUGAUGGAUUCGCCAACUACUACGGACCACCUGGAUCAGGUUUUGACAAUGCCGCUCCCCAUCUCUUCGGACCUGCUCAGUACGAUAUCUAUGAUGGGAUCCCUGCCAGCGUCCCUUUUGACCAAGAAGGCUGGGUGUCUCACAUGGAAAGUGGUCAAGACCUGAUGCCAGUCAUGGGAGGUUACGAAGACACCACAGCACAAGACGUGUACCUGAAGGGAAGCAAAGAUGAUUGGAAAGUCGAAAUCAUGGACGAGCCUGGUCACUUCGAGGAUUGGUAUGCACAGACUGAGCAGGGGCUCCAGUGA